GGGAUGAGCCUCACCAUCGCGGACCUCAGUGAGGUUGAUAAAGAUUUUAUUCCUGGACUCAUGUACAUCCGAGACAACGAAGCCACCUCGGAGGAGUUUGAGGCCAUGAGCCUGCCCUUCACGGUGCUGAGCGCCAGCGGCCAGGAUAUCCAGCUGAGCUCCAAGCACACGCACAUCACCCUGGACAACCGCGCGGAGUACGUGCGGCUGGCGAUAAACUACAGACUCCAUGAAUUUGAUGAGCAGGUGGCUGCUGUUCGGGAAGGGAUGGCCCGCGUUGUGCCUGUCCCCCUCCUCUCACUGUUCACCGGCUACGAGCUGGAGACGAUGGUAUGCUGACCCCCAGGUGGGGCUGCCCUUCAGC